UAAAUCAAGUAAGUCAGGAGAAAAUUUAACUUUUCGGUUGUCACGUCAAAAUUCGCAAUGGAAGACGAGGAAAACGCUAAUCCUCCUGCAGAAGAAGAAAAUCCCCCAGAUGAACCUCCGCCACCGGAACCGGAACCGGAACCCCAACCGGAACCCAUCAUUGAAGAAAAACCUAAAGAAGUCACAAUAAAUGCACCGGAAUCACCAACUCCCGCUGCCGACACUCCCCCAACAAACCAAGAUUCCCUCAGUAUGGAAUUCCUCUAUUACGGUUCGGUUCUCAAAGUCAUAGCACCGACUUUGAGCAGCGACAGGGAUAAGGCAAUGGCACUUCCCUGGAUCCAGAAAUUAUUCCGGCCCGAGUAUCAAACCUCAAAAUUGAGAGAAAAAAGAAACAGAUAUUUAAUUUCAUUGACAAUUAAUUUAUUAAAUGAUGAAAUUUCCGGUGUUUUUGAGAAAAGUCCUCCGGAUGACGCUUUAGCCGACUUGAGGACUAUUCAACCAGACCCUUCGACAGCAGCGGAAUGGGAAGUUGACCGAAUGUGGCAGGAAACCCUCCUGUCUCUGCCUGAUGAUUUUGAAAUGAUGGGUUGUUGCGUACACGGGUCGAAAGAAGAGUGUGAACAGGAUCACAAAUUGGAUAAAGUUUUGGAUCAAGAAUUCCAGUAUUUAUUAUACUUGACGCGGCCUUAUGCCGCUUUGCUCCCUGCUGAGGACAAGACAAGGACCGCUUCUUGGCUCCAGACUCUCUGUACCAUACAUGGCGAGGCGUGUUCUGCAAUGAAAGCCAUAAGAAAUGACUACAUUAUGGCCUUAGUUGGCUAUUUGCACGAUUUGAGAAUUGUGGGCCCGUUCACGGAUUACCCGCCAGAUUUUUUGGAACCUUUGAAUAAAGCCGCAAAAAAGGCAGCCCGGACUAAUCCGGUGAUUGAUCCGACUGGUCCCGAAGCAAAUCAAUUUUUAUUGGAUCAACCGGUUCCGGAUGAUGGGGCGUUCUGUUAUGUGGCUCUGACGGGAGAUUUGGUUGCCAGCAAUUUGUAACAAAUAAAUGACUUGAA